AUGGCUCUUACGAAGCUAAGUGACAAAAUGUCUCUGCAGAUGAAGAUGGCUGGGAAAGAACAACAGCAGACGGAGAAAAACAAUGGCUUUCUCCAAAACAUCGAUGCAGAUGAAGGUGCAAUGGAGAAUUUGCUAUGGGAAUGUGCCAAAACAGACCACAUCUCGGACAAAUCAGAUGAUGAGAACGGCAUUUUCUCUGAAAGCCCUCAAACUGACAUCCUUCAAGAGGAUGUGUUGGAGCUGGAGGCUGAGCAUGACCAGGACCUGCAGAGUGAACAGGAUGAGCAAGAAAUAGAUCAAAUUCAACAUGAGGACCCUCAAGUGUCCAGGUCUUUGCAGUUUUCGGAGGAAAACAUCCCUGAAUUUUUUAAUUUGCAAAUCCCUAAUGACUUAAUGCCCAUCCUUUGGUCUGUUUACAGCUUAUUAAAUGAGGUGAUAUCCCUGGAGGGCCAAAUUGAAAAGCUGGAGUCACCCCAGGACCUUGACCUUGAUCAGGGGGAAAACAUCGAGGAGAAGAUCAUGGAAAUUAAAAAGCAAUUAGGAGAAAUGGAUAACAAAUUUGUCCAGGCAGAUGCUUGUAAUGAAGCUCAUGAAUUAAAGGAGAAACUUGUUUCAAGAAUAGAGAACUUUUGCAAAGGCAUGACUGUGCUGAACACAAAGCUUGGGGUAUACCAAAUGCAAGAAGAAAACACAGACUCUCAGAAUCCUGAAGACAUGGAUAUGGGAGAAAUGGAGACCCUGCUUCUUGAGGCUCCCCCAUCCCCUUUAGUGCAGAGCUCUCCUCCCCGAAUUACAAUGUGGAAACGUGUGCUGAGAAUUUUCAUCAUGUUUUAUGUCCUCACUUUUACUGGACUUUCGUGUUACAUGCUAUUUUUUGAUGCUACGUUUAUCUUUGAAAGAGUGCUCCCUAGAAUACUUGGGCACCGCAGAAUGUGGGAACUACGGGAGAUUAUCACGCCUUUCUUGGAUUUGGCAGUGGAGGACUUGUUACCCUCCUAAAGAUACAGAAGUUGCUGUUACCCUACUGACUUUCCCCCCAAUAAAUUCCUGGCCAUUCUUGUAUUAGGGUGGUUAACUUAUUAAAAAAAAUACUAUAGGGCCAGCCGAGUGGCGCAUUGGUUAAAAGUUGG